GCCACGUCUCUGCGCGCCGACACCGGCUGACACAUAAACAGCGCUCCGCUCCAUCUCUGCACAGCUCCGAGCUGCUCAUCUCACAGGCUCCGGGACCAGACACAGACUACAUGCUCCAGGUCGGUGCCUUCGGUGGCUCCCCGCUGUGAACUUGGCACUUCCCACUCUGAGACCUUCUCUGAAGCCCACUGGGAGGUCUGACGCAACCUUUGAAGGCCUCAAGUGUGAAGUUGGUCAGCAGCAGGCCGAGAGAGAUGAAGACAUGCGUCGUGUUUCUGGCAGCUCUGCUGCUCCCCAGCAUCCAAGCAGUUUGUCCGGAUAAGGAGCCGGGACUGCAGCCGUGGAUGCCAGGACACAGUGAAGACCACCGUGUCACAAUCGGUUAUGGCAGGAAGGUCCUGCUCACAACCUCCGCUACGGUCCACUCCAUUGAGAUUCUCAGUGGAGGAAAGUUGGUGAUUGCUGACACCAGCCGGCCAAUACUGCUUCGAACAAAACACAUUCUGAUUGGGAACAAGGGGGAGCUGCACAUCGGAAGCCCAGACUGUCCUUAUAAAGGCAACCUCACAAUCUCCCUGUUUGGAAGAUUGGACGACAAGGAUCAGGAGCACAGCUACUUUGGGAGGAAGUACAUUGGCGUGGGGACAGGAGGGACACUAGAGAUCCACGGAGAGAAGAAGCUGUCGUGGACGUUCCUAAACAAGACCCUCCACCCCGGAGAGAGCAACCAAAACAACUAUCUGUUCCAGAGAAGCUGGGGGAACCGGGGCAUCAUUAUCCACGUCAUCGAUCCCAAGACCGGAGAGGUGCUGCACGAUGACAGGUUCGACACGUACCGCAGUAAGGAUGAGAGUCGUCGCCUCUCCAAGUACGUGGACGGUGUGGAAACAGGGCUCAUACUGGCCAUGCUGGUCAACGACGAGGGCUCCAACAACCUGGAGGACUCCGCCAAGAAGAGCCUCUCCAGGCUGGGCAGUCAGCACAUCAGCAGUCUGGGAUUUCGCCAUCCCUGGACUUUUAUAGUGACAAAGGGUGACACCUCAUCAGUUGUGGAAGAUUACGCUGUCUAUCAAGGGACCAAGGCCUCCUCGGAGGCCCGCAGCUCUCGUGUUUUCCGCUCGAGUUACGGGGAACAUUUCACCGUCACCACCAGCAGCCAGUGGGUGCAAGAGGCUGAGUGGACAGAAUGGUUUGACAGGGAUGAUGAGCAGGGAUCUGGAGACUGGGAGAAACUGUCUGACCUGCACGAGGCCUAUCCCGACAGACUGUGUGGCAGUCCGCUGGACAUCCAGGCUGAAACCCAUGAUGGCAUACCAUCCAACCAGACUGGAGAUGUGAUCCACAAGAAUGACAAAGACUACGGCUUUGUCUGCCUCAACAAGGACCAGGCUCACGGCCUCUGUCGCAACUACAGGGUCCGCUUCCUUUGUGGAAAACUGGUUCGCCCACAGGCCUCCAUCUCCAUCGACAUGUUGUCCAACAGCAGUAUCCUGGAGCUCGCCGACCAACCAGAGGGCUGGGUGUUGGGGGAUCGGGUGGUGGUGGCCAGUACCGACUACUCCAUGCACCAGGCGGAAGAGUUCACCCUGCUGCCCUGCCCUACUUGCACAUCCAACCAGGUCAAGGUCCAAGGUAAGGCCCAGUUCAUCCACAUGGGUGAGGAGGUGGACGGGGUGGACAUGAGGGCAGAGGUCGGCCUGCUGAGUCGUAACAUCCUGCUCCGUGGUGAGAUGGAGCCUGGCUGCUACGGCAACGAGGCCUGCAAAUUCUUCACCUUCGACACGUUUGGUGGACAUUUAAAGGUGGAGCGGGGAUUCAGGGCAGUUCAUAUAUCUGGGCUGGAGCUGCAGCACAUGGGCCAGCAGACAAUGGGACACUAUCCCAUCCAUUUCCAUAUGAAUGGAGAUGUGGAUGAGAGGGGAGGCUACGACCCCCCCACCUCUGUCAGAGAUCUGUCCAUCCACCACUCCUUCUCCCGCUGCAUAACCAUCCAUGGCUCCAACGGACUGCUGGUAAAAGACGUGGUAGGUUAUGACAUGCUGGGCCACUGCUUCUUCAUGGAGGACGGUCCAGAAGAGAGGAACACGUUUGACCACUGUCUGGGUCUGAUGGUGCGAGCGGGGACCCUGCUGCCUUCAGACCGAGACAGCAAAAUGUGCCGUGAUAUCACUGAGGGAGCUUAUCCAGGAUAUGUGGCCAACCCACGACAAGACUGCAGCGCGACUUCAACUUUCUGGAUCGCCAACCCCAAUAACAACCUCAUCAACUGCGCUGCUGCAGGCUCAGAGGAAACAGGUUUCUGGUUCAUCUUCCACCAUGUGCCCACUGGCCCCUCAGAGGGUCUGUACUCCCCCGGACACACUGAACACAAACCUAUGGGCCAGUUCACCAACAACAGAGCCCACUCCAACUACAGGGCUGGGAUGAUCCUUGAUAAUGGAGUAAAGACCACCAAGGCUAACGACAAGGACAAGAGACCCUUCUUGUCUCUGAUUGGAGCCAGGUAUGGCCCCCACCAGGAUGCUGACCCCUUCAAACCCAGAGUCCCUGCUCUCAUCCACCACUUUGUGGCCUACAAGAACCAGGACCACGGAGCCUGGCUGAGAGGAGGGGAUGUGUGGCUGGAUGACUGCCAAUUUGCUGAUAAUGGCAUUGGCCUCACUCUCGCAAGUGGAGGGACGUUUCCAGACGAUGACGGCUCUCGCCAGCAGGUGAAGAAUUCGCUGUUUGUGGGUGAAAGUGACAAUCACGGGAUGCCUCUCCCUGACGCCCGGAUCUGGGGACCCGGGGGUUCUGACCUCACUGGCAGGACCUUGCCACGUGGCAUUGAUUUUCCUAUCCGGGGCAUGCAGAUCUAUGACGGCCCCAUCAACGUGCAGAACUGUACAUUUCGGAAAUAUACAGCUCUGGAUGGACGUCACACCAGCGCCUUUGGCUUCAGGCUCAACAACUCGUGGCAGAGCUGCCCCAACAACAACGUCACCGACAUCACCUUCGACCACGUCCCUAUCACGUCUCGGGUGUUUUUUGGGGAACCAGGUCCCUGGUUUAAUAAGAUGCAGAUGGACGGGGACAAGACGACCGUCUUCCACGACAUUGACGGCUCAGUCAGCGAGUAUCCCGGAGCUUUCUUGGUGAAAGAGGACAACUGGCUGCUCCGUCACCCUGACUGCAUCGACGUGCCCGACUGGAAGGCUGCUAUCUGCAGCGGCCGCUACGCACAGAUCUACGUCCAGACUCGUAACCCUGCCAACCUGAACAUGGACAUAGUGAGGGAUGAGUACCCUGAUCGGCCUCUGACACUAGAGGGCGCCCUUGGGAAGAGGAAACACUACCAGCAGUUCCAACCUGUGAUCACACUUGCUAAAGGUUACACCAUCCACUGGGACCAGGUGGCGCCUGCUGAGGUCACCAUCUGGCUCAUCAACUUCAACAAAAAUGACUGGAUCAACGUGGGCCUCUGUUACCCACAAGGCACCACCUUCACCAUCAUCUCCGACAUCCACAACCGCCUGACCAAACAGACCCGCAAGACCGGCGUCUUCAUGAGGACGACGCAGAGGGAGAAGAUCAACCACUCCCACCAGACCAGAGGAUACUACUACUGGGAGGAAGACACAAGCCUGCUCUUCCUGAAGGUGAAGGCCCACAACGACAGGGAGCAGUUUGCCUUCUGCUCUGUCAAAGGUUGUGAGAGGGUGAAGAUCACAGCCAUCAUCCCCAAAGGUAGUCCCCCCAGCAACUGCAUGGCCCAGGCCUACCCCCGACACGCCGAGCUGCCCGUCGUGGAUGUACCCAUGCCCAGGAAGACACCUAACGCCAGGCUGCAUUCACCAGAACAUUUCUUGGAGGUCAAGCUGGAAUCCUACAACACUCGCUUCUUCCACAUCAAGGAGGACUUUGCCUUCACUGAGGUGAAUGGUAAGAAGUUGUACCAAGCAGACGACGGGGUGCAUCUGACGGUAAUUGACGGGCAUGAUGGGAAGGUGGUGGAGAGCAAGAGCUUCAAGAACUCCAUCCUGCAGGGUAUCCCUGCACAGAUUGACAACUACGUCAGUGGACUGAGAGACGGUUCCAUCGUCCUCAUGACGUCUAAAGGCCGCCUGGUCACCAGAGGAUCCUGGACUAAAGUCCUGGACAGACUUGGAGCAGACAAAAGCAUCAAACUGAAAGAUAAAAUUGCAUUUGUGGGGUUCAAGGGCUCCUUCCACCCGGACUGGGUCCAUCUGGAGGUGGACGCAGACCGAGCCAAGAUCCAUCAGGUCCUGCCUGUCCCUGUGGUGCACAAGAUAAAACUAUGAGUGGCAGACAGAAUGGGGAGGAAAGCCA